AUGGAAGUACAAGCGUGUAGAGAAUAUGGGAUGCUUUAUAAUUUAUGCCUACAUCUAGAGUCACUCCAUGACCACAAAGGAGAGUAUAUCCGAGACUUUCCAGUUCAUGCCGUGGUGAGGAGAGGCGAGAUCGGGGAGUGUGCAGCAAUGCCUAGUGAACCGCCAAGCAUGCAGAAGUUACGCGGACGACCUCAGGAAAUUACAGUGAAGGAAUCCAUCACAACGGAUGCAUCUGUCAAUUUUACCAACUCUACACUCGUCCCUUACUCAUCCUAUCAGAUGACAUGGAUGAAAACCCAAAUGGAGUGCGGCAAACGUGGCGAGUCUCCGCUUACCCUCAACAAGAUCGUGGGGGGCACGAAGGCAGGCAAAGACGAGUUCCCGUGGCAGGCACGGCAGGAAACCAACUGGAACAUCCACGUCUGCGGCUCCAUCGUCAUUGACUUCAGCUGGGUGAUGACUGCCGCCCACUGUUUGUACUAUUACGAGCCAUCCCAGCUCCUCAUAGUGGCCGGUGACUACGAUCGACUAGAAGAUGAAGGUGAGAAUGUCACUGCUCAUGAGGCUUACAGCGGUACCUAUAGGUGGCAGCAGUGGUGUCAGGACAAAAGGAUAAGCCAGUUUGAGAGUGAUACUGUCCCAGAAACGGGAACUGAGCAGAAGCGAGAAGUGGAGAGUAUCACCGUACACCCAGACUAUAACACCACAACAAAUGAGAACGACAUCGGCCUCGUGAAGUUGGAAGUAUUUCCAGGACACACUCUUUCAGUAUCGUUAUCACAUGUUGCCAAGUGUCCCCUCCUCCCCUCAACAGAAGGCAGGGAGUGCGUGGUGACAGGCUGGGGCUACACAUCGCAGGGCGGGAAGCUAUCCAAUGUCCUCAUGAAAGUCAACGUGCCCAUCAUCAGUGACGGAGAGUGUCAAGACAACUAUAGCAAAAAGAACAAGAAGAUUUCCAACCACAUGAUCUGUGCAGGUUACAGCGCCGGGGGAAAGGACUCCUGUCAGGCUGACUCAGGAGGGCCGCUCGCGUGUCUGGGGCCCAACAACCAGUACUUCCUGGCUGGCGUGGUGUCCUGGGGCUGGGGCUGCGCCAACCCCAGCUUUCCCGGCGUGUACACGGAGGUCAGUGCUGUUGUGGAAUGUUGCUGUCACUUUUGGGUCUUGAAUUAUCUUACAUGGCCCAGUAUUCAGAUACGCUUUGCUCCCUCACCACGACUAUCUUCACAGAGAUGAUUAGCCGGGUUGUCAACAUUGUUUUCUCCCGUUAACAAUGCAGAAAACCUGUUAGUCUGUGACUGUAAACCUAAAAACAUCCUUAAAAACCUGUUUCACUUUAACACAGAAGUGUUUUAGAUUACCGACUUUGGUGCGACGAGAGACCUCUGUUGUGAAGGUCCUAACUUUUGCCUAACAUCACCAUACUGAAAAAAAA